AUGCCGAACUUUAAAAGCCUCUUUGAAGGAGGCUCCGAUUGGGUCGAUGACGUGCUUGUCCUGCCGCCGGUCCAAUCGCAGCCGGUUUGCUUGCCAACGAGCGAGCCGGGAACUUGCGACAAGGGCCUAAAGAAGAGAAUGGCUGGCAAUUAUGAUCUCUUAAAAAGUCUGCAGAAUAACUUGCAAGAACUGAACAACCUCCGGGCAAAAUAUAUUGCAUCAACGAAACGUCCAUCAUCAGUUGGGAUUAAGUCAUUGCUUUGUGACCAACAGCAACUGCCAGGGGAGAAUAUGAACAUCCAGUCAUUUGCUCCUAGGAAGAGUAUCCGCCACCGUAAUCCUUACUGGCCUGAUGAAGAAAUACGGACCUUCAUUGAGAUCUGGGGUGAUGACCAGGUCCAAGCCUCACUGGCCACCAACUUUCGCAAUGAGGCACAAUAUGAGUGGAUCUCUGAUAGGAUGAGAGAAUAUGGCUACGACCGGGAUAUGAAGCAAUGUCGUUUGCGUGCCAAGGAGCUUCGGCGAGGAUACAAGGCAAUUGUUUGUGGAAAUAACUCUUCUGUGAGCGGUCAACGUGCCUUGCCAUUUUAUGAUUCCUUGAACAGUUUCCUGUGCAUGCACAAGGGUCUUGUGGUGUCCAAAGUUUCUCUAUCUAUAGAUAGAAGAAAUCGAGAGGCCCAAAAAUUGGGCUUGGAGCAAGAAAAAAAUGAAAAGCUAAGUGUUGUCUUGGUUUCUGAUGAUGAUGAAGCAUCCAUCCCAGAACCUACAGAUGACUCCAAUGGCUAUUUUCAAGAUGCACAGAUGGAUUCCGAACCUAUAAAUGCCCAGUCUCCAGGUGAUGAAUGGGAGCCUCAUGGAGAAGAUGGCAUUCUUGCAGAAGAUGUGGCUUCAUCCAAUUUUCUCAAUGCAAGAGGAGAUGGUCAUUCCAUCGGUUCAGGCCCAUCUGGCACUUUCCCCAGAACUUCCCUGGUUGAUACUGACAGAAUAAGCAGCAACCACUGGAACAGAAAACAGAGGAGACAAACUGAAACUGCUUCAGAUGUAGUAGAUGCCAUUUCCCAAGUGGGUGACAGACUAGUAAAUGCUCUGUCUGAUUUGCACUCAAAACACAGUGAAACCUCUGAACUUGCACAGAGCAGAGCAAGUGAUGCCCAUAAGGAAGAGUUUACCACACUUGCCAAUCAUGUGAAUCAGGCCACUCAAAACAUGGACAAACUGAUUACUCUCAUGGAGACAUCUACCAGGAGAAUUGCAGAUGCCAUGGACAGACAGACAGCUGCCUUGGAGAAUCUGGCACAAUUGUUUGCUGCAAGAGCACCAGCAAUUUCAGUGCCCUUGGCAUCCCAGGGACAGUCUAUGGUGUCUUCUCCAAGAAUUUGUGCUUCAGUCCCAUCACCCCCAACAGAACUAUACAAUACUAUGAACACUUUAAGGGGAAAUUGCCCUGCUAAUCAAAAAGCACUGGAUUUGCCUGCUGAAGAAUGUCAUCCAGUGGCAAAGAAAAUAAAAACAGAAGACUAAUACAACAUGUUUGAAAAUCCCCAAACAUACUGUUCUGUUCUGUUCUCAUGAGAUGAACAUUCAUCCUUUUUCUUUCUUUUUUUAAAUGCAGUAAGGGAAAAAAUAAGAUGAAUGGUAUAAGAAAUACUGUGGCUUGUUUAUUUUUUUUAAUAAAAAGAUUUGUAGCUAGAGCAUUAUAUUUGUAGGUGGUUUUAUAUAGCAUUUGGAAGGGUGAGCAUUGCCCAUUAUGAUGAAAUUGUACAGUUCAUUGGCAUUCCACUAUUCUGUAGUUUGAUUUCUAUUCUGCUGCUUAAGUGUGCAACAGGCUGUGGUCCUAUGCACGCUUACUUGGGCAUAAGACAUGUAGGCUUUAUUUCAGGUUGCAAAUGUGGUCAAGAUGUUGGCUUUGGACCUGAAGAGCAUAUUCAGAAUUUUAAUACAGCCAUGAACAUACUGGAUGGCUUUUAGUGGAUUCUUUUGAGACACCAUUUUUUCUGAUCUCUAGAUGAGCAAUACAAAUGACUUACAUCAUUUUGUGAUUCAAAGAUGAACAGUUUAAAAGAUCGUGAAUCUUUGUGCACAUUGCUACUGGUAUAGAAGGCAAGAGUAGAGAACUCUUUUUGUGCUAUAUAAAUCCUGUUAUUAAAUCAAUAAGAUGCUACUACUAAUGGGCUGUUUUUCUCCCUAAUUUCACUGAAACCAUGUGCCAGAUAAAUCAGUUGGUAACACAAAA